AAUCUACUCUCAGUCAUCAUCUUACUGUGAUAUGAUACACACAUAGUCAAUCAAAAUGGAAAAGUGUUUAUGGGUUUUUGUGUCGUUUUUAGUGAGUUCACAAAUGACAAAUGGUCAAAUUUGUACUAACACUUUGCAAGUAUUAACAAUAAAGGAUACAGAUGUUGAAGUACAAAUCCUUUCAACCACUAGAAGUUCAGAUAUAACUUCAAUGACUGUAUCAGUAAGCAACAACGUAGACAAAGAUACUGCUCUAAGCUAUUUUACAUAUAGCACGGACGACAAUAACUUCAUUUUGUCAACAACUGAGAGUUUUGCCAAUGUCAAUAAGGAUGCUUCACCAACAAAUAAUAAAGCAUUAGAUAUCUAUUUGACGAUCGUUUGCUCUUCGGGACAGACGUACCUGCAAAUAUCUAUAGAAAACACCCAUCAAAAUUCUCCAGUAUUCUCAGAAGAAAACUAUACCUUUAAAGUUCCAAUGCCUUUGAUGCCCAAAAGUGACAUUACGGUUUACGGCGAUUCUGUAACUGUUACUCAUUUGGAUUUCACCAAUACUAACAUCGUUUUUUCCAUCGACCCAGCAGAUUUUGACAUUACCACUUCCAAUCAUGGUAAUAAAACCUACACACCUUCAUUUAGUGCAAAUAAAAUCAUAUCGCUGAGUGGGACGACAAUAUAUCAGCUAACAGCAACAGAUAGUGCUCCCGAACCGAAGUCUACUACAGUAACUCUAACAAUUGAAGUGGAUGAAGAGACUGGUUUGGACACGCCAACAUUUUCUAGUUCUCUUUUUUCAUAUAGCUACACAUAUAAAGACAAUGUCCCUACUUUAGUUAGUCUUGGUUCUGAUAUUAGUAUCAACAGCAACAAAAUCAGUAAUGCUGACUAUGAACUGGCUGGAGAUUACAAAGACAACUUUAAGAUAGUGUUUACUAAUGAAUCGAAAACUUUUUCUCUGGAAGUUAACACAGAUAACUCUCUUAAACUUGAUGCUAUCAGCCCAGUUAUACUUAAUUUAGUGUAUACAACUGAUUACACUACUAGUACAGUUCUAGUAGUGAACGUUAUCAAAAUAUUACCUAAGUUCAACAAUGAUUAUUACAGCGGAACUUACAGUUUCGAUGACAACACCAUAACGUGGCAAGAUGAAAUAAGCAUUACCGAUGCUAGUGGCGUAACCCUGUCUGGAGGCAAAGCAAGUUUAUUUAAUAUCGAUUCGUCUACGUACAAAAUUACACCUAUAGAUUCUUUGAAGACUAGUGAUUUUGACUCGAACUCAAAUAUAAUUUUGACCGUGACUGCACAAUCUGAGAGUGGCAAUUCCGAAGCCAUGGUCAUCAUUUCUACGCCUUCAAGUGAUACGGGUUCAUUGAAGUUUGACAAAUCACUGUAUAAAGCAACGUAUUCAGUCAGUACAGAGGAUAAAGAUACUGUAUCACUGACCGAUGAUAUUGGAUUUUCUGGAAUUACUGACUAUACUGAUAUAAGUAUCGAAGUUGAGGAAACUUACCAGUCUUCCAUUGAAAUCAAACUGGUCUCCGAUAAAUUCCAAGUCAACGUUUUAUCAAACUUGGAAGACUCUAUUCUGGCUUCAGGCGGAGAACUUUUAAUUUCAAUAACAGCAAGCCAAUCCGGAGUUACAGAUAAAGCUGUAGGCGUUUUAGUUUUGGAGCUUCCAAGCACCGUAAUGACAUUUGGUAAAAAUUACUAUACGGCUUCCUAUACCCAGGCGGAGUCUGGUUCUGAUUCUGUCCAUUUGGAUGAACUAAUAACCAUCGAUGUUGCAACAUCAAAUAUUCAACUCACUUUUGUUGGUUAUGAAAGUAAUUUCGAAGGAGCCUGUGAUUCGUCUCAGUGCACCUUCAAGGUUAAGGAUAACUUAGAUUCAAGUGUUCUAAGUUCAAAUACCGAAAUAUUAGUGCCAGUGGUAGCAACAUAUAGAUAUAUUUCUGGAAAAACAGCAAUUAUGGUUAAAUUACCUUCAUAUACUACCACGUUUUCAUUUUCCCAGUUACAUUAUUCGGCAGACUAUAUUAUAGAAACUACCGAAACUGGAACUGCGCAGGUUAAUAUAACUGAUGUCAUUUCCUUUGUUGAUCUUGGCUCAUCAGAUGUAGCUAUAUCUUUAAGUGAUUAUUCCUCCAACUUUAAAAUCGCUUACGAUUCUUCAACUAAAGCCUGCCAGAUUACAGUGACGGAAAAUUUAAAGUCUGAAGUACUUGGGAAUAAUUCUAAAUUAAUUAUAGAUUUAACAGCGUCUAAAGAUGGAACCGGCGAUUACAGCAGAGCUAGUUUAAUUUUGAAAUUACCUGAUAAAAUAAGCGUGGCUUUCGUGCAGGCGCAUUACACUGCUGAAUACGUCAUUAAUGGAGACCAAAACGAAAUAGUACUAUUGGACGAUUCGGGCAUUGAAAUUACCGAUUAUGCGAACGUAAUUAUUACUUUAAAUUCAUUUUCUGAAGUCUUCAGUGUCGCUUAUGAUGCGACUCAAAGCAAGACUGUAAUAAAAAUAGAUAAUCCUUUAAACGACACUGUUUUAACUAACUAUUCUGAACUAAAACUGUCCAUGACGAUUACUAAAGUUGCUGUGUCUUACGGAGAUGCAGUUUUGACUAUUAAGUUGCCCAGCCUUAGUUUUGCCAACAAGUUUUAUGUGGGGACUUACUCUGUGGAAAAUGAUGCAGCUAAAAUCGAUAUUGAUGCUAUGUCAAUUGAAACCGCAGAUUUGUCACUCGUUGAUGUAACUUUAUCAGAUUAUACAGACUAUUUUACAACAACCUUGACUGAUAACAAAUUGACUUUGACAAGUUCAAAACCCUUAACUUCCGAGAUAACGGACAAGAACGAGAAUCUACCCGUCACGCUUACAGCAACUAGAAAAAGCGACAACAGUGUAUUGGCCACAACCAGUCUAGUCAUCAAUUUACCUUCUAGUGCCAGUGAUAGUAAAAAACCAGAAUUCACCAAAUUCACAUUUAAUGGAACCUAUACUGUCACAGAUAAUGGGGCAACUGUUGCAUUAGAUAGUGAUAUAAUUAUACUAAAAAAGAGUGGCAUCACUGUUACUUCAGUUUACAUUGAAGAUGCAACAUAUUCAGGUAAUUUUGAGUUAGAGAGUAAAGAAGAAAACAUCUAUACAAUAAAAGUGAACAGCUUAUUAUCAGAUAACACUUUAAAAACUGAAACCAGUCUUGUUUUCACUCUCAUAGCUGUAUCCAGCGAUGGUGUUAGUGGUUAUGCAUCCUUAGUAAUUACACUUCCAAAAAUAGCUAAAGAACAAUCAGUUAAAUUCAAAGACAUUUUGUAUACUUCAGAAUACAAAAAUGGAGAACUUAAGUUAAACAUUGACUUAGAAACGGAUUCUAGUGAUAGUGACAUCAAUAUUGUCCUCUCCAAUGAAAAUAACUUGGCUUCGUAUUUCACCAAAACUUAUUCCAAGAAUGUUCUUGUGAUUAGUGCUACCAACUUACCCGAAAGUGUAACCAGUAACAAUGCAGUUAUAGCACUAAAAAUAGUAGUGACUGAUCAAAGUACUCAGGAUGAAGCUAGUGCUGUCCUAAAUGUGAAUACUGGUGUCAGCAAUAAUUCAAACGAUGAUAGUAGUCCAACUGGCAUGAACAAAGGUUUACUGGUAGCUGUGAUUAUAUUGGCCUGUCUUUUAGUUAGUUUAAUAGUCACUGCAGGAGUAUACUGGUACUUUAAAAACAGAGAAAAUUACGCCAAUUUGGAAGAAGAUGUCGAAAAGAUAGAACCAAAGCAGACCAAGUUUACUAAGAAGAAUGACAUCAAGAAAAAACCUGAUUCAAUUUCUAGUGAACCCUUACGAAGACCUACAGGUAUCCACAUUAUACCUCCCACUCCUCCCAUAGAAGAAUUGGACGAGGUUCAAGUAGAUGGCGCACCCAAAUCAGGCUCAGACAAAGUUGUAGCUUUCAGUGAUGACGUUGAGAAAAUCGAAGACAACACUAGUGACGAUUUUACCGACAAUUAUGUUAAUGUUGCUGAAAGGAGACCUACAAAGUUCGUUUUUGCCAAACAAGACGCAGUAGAGACAAACGAGGAUGACGAUACUGACUCUGACAAUUAUAUCAGUGUAGCUGACAGAAGACCUACAAAGUUCGUCUUUGCAAAUCCUUUGGAGGAAGGAGUUUUUGAUUCAACGGACUCAUCUGCUAAGUCUCCAGUACCAAAUCCUGAUGAAGAACGAAAAAAAUCUGUUGCUUUUGACGAUAAUGUUGAAAGAGUUCACAUUGACCCUAUCCAAGAUGAGAGCGACAGUGAUGAAGAUAGUGAUACUGCGGAAAAUGAGAAAGCAGAAGAGAAACCUGAUGAAAGCCAACUAAACGAAAUGCCGAGUGAUAUACUGAAACAAGUGUUCUAGAGGAUAUAAAUAUAGUGAAACUUAAGAGUAAUCUUUUUUCUCAAUGAGAUUAAUGUGGAAUAAUACUCAAAAGUAAUGUUGAGUAACAAAAGAAAACCAGUUAUAUUUUUUACUAUUUUGCUGUUUAUAGGUCUGAAGUAUUUGUUAAGCCUUUGUAGAGCUAUUGUAAGUUAUUUACAUAAACAUGAUUAAAGUUAUAACAAAAAUUAAAAACUUUUGUAAAAA